AUGCAUGUAUUUGUAAGUCUUUGCAUCAUACUUAGCUUUAUGGAAGAGGUGUGCUGUUCGUGUCCUUCACAGUGCACCUGCAAUUAUCACGGCAGAAAUGACGGAACCGGAUCAAGGUUGGUGCUCUGCAAUGACCUGGAUAUGAACGAAGUCCCCAUGAACAUCCCCGUGGACACUGUAAAACUUCGCAUAGAGAAGACUGUCAUUCGCAGAAUCUCUGCCGAGGCCUUCUACUACUUGGUGGAGCUUCAGUACCUCUGGGUGACUUGCAAUUCUGUGACUAGCAUUGACCCCAGCAGCUUUUACAACCUAAAGCAACUGCAUGAGUUGCGCUUGAAUGGGAAUUCUCUGCCUGCUUUCCCUUGGGUAUCUCUGCUGGAGAUGCCCCGUCUAAGGACCCUGGAUUUGCACAAUAACAGAAUAACGAGAGUGCCAAAUGAAGCAACCAGGUACCUGAAGAACCUCACUUACCUGGAUUUAUCAAGCAACAGAUUAACCACGUUGCCACCAGAUUUCCUGGAGAGCUGGUCUCAUUUCUCAGCUGAAACAGCUUUUAGAAGCCUGGACCUUGCACUGAGAAGAAUUAUUCUUGGCUUACAGGAUAACCCUUGGUUCUGUGACUGCCACAUUUCCAAAAUAAUUGAGUUGUCAAAAGUUACUGACCCUACUAUAGUGCUUCUUGAUCCACUGAUGGUUUGUAGUGAACCUGAGAGCUUCACAGGGAUUUUGUUCCAACGGGCUGAGUUGGAGCAGUGUCUGAAGCCAUCUGUGAUGACCUCAGCCACCAAAAUCACAUCUGCUCUGGGUAGCAAUGUCCUACUGAGGUGUGAUGCCACUGGCUACCCCACCCCACAGCUCACAUGGACCAGAUCCGACAACUUGCCAGUUAAUUAUGCAGUAAUUCAGGAAUCUCCAGAAGAAGGAGUCAGGUGGUCCAUAAUAAGCUUGACAGGCAUUUCUUACAAGGAUGCUGGGGAUUACAAAUGCAGAGCCAAAAAUUUGGCUGGGACGUCAGAAGCUGUGGUAACUGUGACAGUGGUUGGUGUGGUCACAACCACAAUAUCAUCAGAAACAUCUGAAAGAACUGGAGAAGGUCAUGCUGAGCAAGAGGUCAAGUCAGGAUCUGGAAAGUCUACAUCCACACCUAGUUCAUCAUCAUCUCCCUGGCUUUCUUCCUCCUUUUCUUCCUCCCUUGUUUCUCCUACUUCUCUUUCUACUUCAACUUUGUCUCCUCUCUCCUCUGCUUCCUUCUCCUUAUCUCCUUCCAUCUCUUCCAUUGGUUCUUGGACCACAACUCCAAGCACUAAAACUUCAGCAAGCACCACCCUGGCCAACAGGUGGUCACUCCAGCUCCAUCCAAACAGGAAAGGGAAUUUAAAGGUGAAGAUGGGUAGAAAUAAGCUUCCUCCAGAUAGUGCAAGCAAGAAAGAAGAGUUGACAUUAUUGGAUCAAGCAACACCUAUGGAGACAAAUGCCACAAUAGAAAACCUCAGGGUAGUCAGUGAGACUGAAGAGAGUGUGACUUUGAUGUGGAAUACCAUCAACACCACACAUAACUCUGCAAUGACUGUUCUAUAUUCCAAGUAUGGUGAGGAAGACCUGCUCCUGCUAAAUGCAGACUCCAGCAAGAACCGAGUCACCAUAGAAGGUUUGGAACCUGGCAGGCAGUAUGUGGCAUGUGUGUGUCCAAAAGGGAUGUCUCCCCAGAAAGACCAGUGUAUCACCUUCUCUACAGACAGAGUUGAAAAAGAAAGUGAUUCUGAAGGGUCUUUCCUUAUUAUAGUGAGCAGUGUUGCCUGUGCUGUUGUCUUGCCAUUGAUUUGUUUCCUGUUGUACAAAGUUUUCAAACUUCAGUGUAAGUCAGAAUUUUUCUGGGAAGAUGACCUGGCCAAAGAGACUUACAUCCAAUUUGAGACCCUGUCUCCUAGGUCUCAAAGUUUAGGGGAACUCUGGACACGACGGCACAAAGAUGACUCAGAAAGACUGCUGCUUUGUUCAAGGUCAAGUGUGGAAUCUCAGAUGACUUUUAAAAGUGGGGCUCCUAGAUCAGAGUAUUAUUGCUAA